AUGGCAGUCUGGGAACAUCUAGAGGUCAGUAAAGCACAUGUUGCUUAUGCAUGUGUAGGUGUUUUCUCAUCCAUAUUUUCACUGGUAUCUUUAUUUGUGAAGGAGAGACUCUACAUUGGUGAAUCUACUGUGGCCGUCAUAUUCGGACUGAUUGUGGGGCCGCAUUGUCUAAAUUGGUUCAACCCACUAAAAUGGGGUAAUUCAGAUGCUAUUACGCUAGAAAUUACAAGAAUAGUCUUAUGUCUACAGAUUUUUGCAGUGGCAGUUGAACUUCCUAAGAAAUACAUGCUGAAGCAUUGGCUAUCUGUCUUAAUGCUACUAGUUCCAGUAAUGACGGCCGGCUGGUUGAUAAUCGCAUUAUUUGUUUGGAUAUUAAUACCGGGCCUUAACUUUGCGGCAUCUUUACUAGUAGCAUCCUGUAUUACAGCGACCGAUCCAAUCCUGGCACAAUCUGUGGUCUCGGGUAAAUUCGCUCAGAGGGUCCCAGGCCAUUUGAGAAACCUAUUAUCAGCAGAGAGUGGAUGCAAUGAUGGGAUGGCCUUCCCAUUCAUUUAUUUGUCCCUGAACUUGAUUUUCCAUCCUGGGAAUGGGCGUGAAAUCGUGAAAGACUGGAUCUGUGUUACCAUCCUCUAUGAGUGUAUUUUUGGAUGCCUUUUGGGAGUCGUAAUAGGUUAUUCGGGCAGACGUGCCAUUAGAUUCGCAGAAGAAAGGAAGUUAAUCGAUAGAGAAUCCUUUCUUGCCUUCUACGUCGUUUUGGCUUUUACUUGUGCUGGAUUUGGUUCUAUUUUAGGUGUUGAUGACCUUUUAGUUUCAUUUUCUGCUGGGGCAGCCUUUGCAUGGGAUGGAUGGUUUGCUAAGAGCACAGAGGAAAGUAAUGUUUCUACUGUUAUCGAUCUUCUCCUAAAUUUGGCAUAUUUUGUAUUUUUUGGAGCUAUUAUACCGUGGCAGCAAUUCAACGACCCAGAAAUUGGUACAAAUGUGUGGAGGCUAAUCAUCCUUGCUAUUGUAGUCAUCACAUUAAGAAGGAUACCUGCUGUUAUGGCUUUCAAAGUUUUUAUUCCAGAUAUCAAAUCAUGGCGUGAGGCUCUUUUUGUUGGCCAUUUUGGGCCAAUUGGCGUCGGUGCUGUUUUCGCCGCAAUAUUAGCACGCUCAGAGCUUGAGUCAAAUGCUACUGGUGAAGAGACGCCUUUAAAGGAGCUACCGGAGAAGGGUUCAAAGAACUGGCAGCUUAUCUCUUGUGUUUGGCCUAUAACUUGUUUUUUCAUCGUGACCUCCAUUAUUGUACAUGGAUCUUCCGUGGCUGUUAUAACGCUCGGACGUCAUUUGAAUACCAUAACGUUAACGAAAUCCUUUACAACGCAUACUACCAACGGUAAAGGAACUUCAUGGAUGCAAAGAUUACCUGCGUUGGAAAAAUCUGGAAGAUCAUUCUCAUUACAGCGUAUAGAUACUAAGGCACCUUCAGAUGUACUUUCCAAGAGCGAUACUGUUGAGACUAGUGGCGUUCCAGCUAAACCAGCUGGUGGUAUGAGAAGAAGAAAGAAUAAGAAGAAGAGAAGAGGGAGAGAUAUUUUCAGAGCGAGGGCCGCCUCCGAUCAUGAGGAUGUAGAUGAAGAUGACUUGUACAAUGAAAGAAAGCAGCGUGAAAAAGAGGCUCAAGCUGCUGCCUUUGCUUUGAGCUCCCAAUUACGGCCUGAUGGUGAAGAUGGUACUUACGAUGAUGGUCAUUUGGACGACAAAGAAAGCGAUGAGGAUGAUAAACAAGUCGAGAGAACUGUCAAUAUACUAAAUCCUACAGAGGCCUCAACAGCUAUUAACAACUUGGACAAAAUGGCAUCUAAUAUCCCUUCAUUUGAAAAUGAACCUGUCGGGGCGCCGUUGAACGACAAAGAGGGACACAUCACUCGCCCCAAUACAUUUGCGGAGGAUCAAAUUCCUUUCCCUGGUGGAGGCACCACUUCUUCUUCAAAUGAUUAUUACGAUGAAAAGUCUGACAAAGGUUCAAGCAAAGGAUCCAUCAGCAGCUAUUCUCGUAAAUUUGAUGAACUCAAGCGCAAAAUGGAGGAGAAGGUCGAACAACACGAAGGGGCAGUUGCUUAUGCUGAGGGAAAUAAAAUAAUAAUCGAGAACAAGCAGGGUGAAAUUAUUGAUCAGGCAGAGUUGAAUCGUAGUCCAAGAGAUGAAGAGGAAAGUGUAGGCAGCAAAGUGUCACGCCAAGCUAGUCAUCAGUCUGCAGGGACUGUGAGUUCGUUGAAGAAGGUAUUGACUCCUCCUGCAAGGUUCAGAAGACAAACUUUAAUUGACGAACAGGGUAAUAAAAGGUAUUUUGCAUACAAAAUUGAUAAUCAACUUAUUAUUGAAAAUGAGGAUGGUGAAGUUUUGAGACGUUAUAAGAUUAAUACACACGAUGAUUCGAAAGAUAAUAAACAAAGAGCAAAGAGUGCGAGUAUGGUCACCCGUGCAUUAUCCGCUGUCGGUUUGGCUAAAAGUCCGCCGUCUUCUGGGAAUUCCGUGGCAAAUUCAGCGAAGGAUUCAAGUGAAAAAAUCAAGAGCAGAAAGCUGACACCAGUUCCAACAGCUGGCGGAUUACAAGGAUAUAACGGUGAGAAUGACUCUGUCGCGGAAGAUUAUACAGAGGACGAUUCAGCAGAAAAUAGUUAUAGCGAUGAAGCCUGGAGUGAUAAUAAUUCGCAAAACUCACUGUCGGAAGGCGGCGAUGAAAGUGAGCAGGAAGAAGAUGAGGAAGAAGCCGAAACUGCAGUCGAAAGGGCCAGGAGAUUAACUGCUUUGGGGCAUGUCUCAGCUCCAAGACAUGAAGACGACGAGGAAGCUGCUCCCCAGCUGACUUUUGCUCCCCCACCUAAAAUAGAGUCACACACUGGAGGUGUAAAGGGUGCUAUCGAACGGACUUUUCACAAGAAGUAG